CUUGAAUUAUAUUUUAAAUCCUCUUUUGCAGGUUCAGUAAUGAUAUCGAACUUAUGACGGGUCAUAGACCAAAUUAUUAUUUGAUGUUUUGUUGGAAAUUCAUUUGUCCUGCAAUUAUUAUUUUUCUUAUUGUUAUUCUUAUUGUCAAUCUUACUACUGACGAGAAAGAGUACGAUGUCUGGCACAGAGAGACGGGGAGUCUAUCGAAAUCAAUUUGGCCAGGCUGGUGCUUAUUCGUGGCAGCACUCAUAAUUAUUCUUUCCAUUUUGGGGAUUCCGCUAAUUGCCUUGAUCCGUUGGUUAAAGCCAUCCAGUUGGCGUGAAGAAGUACCGGCUUAUUUUCCGCGUGAAUUAAUACAGUUGGAGCGCAAACUAACGACAUAUAUCCCUAAAGAAUGGGAAAAGAAAAUUCUUUUUAGGUUUGAAAAACAUUUACCGACUACCGAAUCAGAAUUCAAUAAUAAAAGCAAAUCGGAAAUGGAUUUAGUAUUUAUAUAAAAUGAAAGUAUUAUUAGUUUUAAAACUCUAUUGUGUUCGGUAGGCUGAAUCAGGGAAAACAAUUGAUGGACAUUUUAUGAUGUGCAUUGACCCUUAUUAGGCUUUUCUUUGUUUUAGAUUACUGAGUUCAUUCCUAUACAAUCUCUAAAAUUUAUGAGAUGUUUUACUCAUUUCUGUCGUUGAUAACGUCUUCUGAAACGAACAGCGCUUUGUGAUAUUUCAACAUUAUUUUGGAUGAUAAAUCGAUACUGUAUUUAGAACAAAUAAUUUUUUACUUUUCUGAUAAAUAUUCUACUAAAUUGGGACAGAUCUUAAGCACGGUCUCAAUAUUUUAUCAACAUCAAGCUAUUUCUAUUGUUGAGAUAUUCAUACGUCAUGUAACAAAAUGUAAGAAAACCGUUUUAUUUUGAUAUUAAAUACAUUAAUUUCUAUCA